CCCAGAAGGAAGGGCUCCUGUCAUACAUAAGCGACACUACUUAAUCCACUUUCUGGAGGCAAAGUGACUUUCACCCAAAAAUCCGGCACUGCUGAGAGUCGACGGUGCAGCCGGAACAGGAGAAGACAGUAAGGCAAGAGGGAGGAAGGAAGGAUGAACACGGACAUCACCGCGUUGGCCAAGCCGGAGUAUCCGGUGGUGGAUCGCAACCCUCCUUUCACGAAAACCGUGGCAAAUUUCAACACCCUCGACUAUCUCCGCCUUCUCUCAAUCACCGGCGUCUCCGUCACAGUCGGAUACCUUUCCGGGAUCAAGCCUAAUAUCAGGGGCCCAUCGAUGUUCACUGGCGGCUUAAUCGGUCUGAUGGGUGGGUUCAUGUACGCCUAUCAGAACUCUGCGGGACGGCUGAUGGGUUUCUUCCCCAACGACGAGGAGGUAGCUCGGUACAAGAAAUAUAAUAAGUAGGAUUUGUUUGUGUCGAGGGCUUUCAUUGGACCCUUCUGAUGCUUUGGCCAUGAAUCAAUUGUAUGCCUUCUAUUAGUUAUCAGUUCGAUUAGUUUCCGUCGUCUCUCAUUUUGUUGGUAAAUGCAUUUCAUACUGUAUCCUGAACUCAACAAGGGCUUGGACCCUUAUUUAAUAAUGCUGAUGUUUUGUCAAGCGAUUUUGAAGUUGUACUGUAAUAAAUUGAAAAGUAUGCGAUGGGGUAAUGUGAGUCGUUCUCUUGGAGUAAUAUAUAGAUUUGAUUAUGAGA